AGUGACGACAAUCACACGUGUUUUUGCGUGGUAAAGAAAGAUUGCCUACGGUGCAGGAUUUGGCAGCUAGCAAACCGUGAAAUCGUGCCACUUCGGAAAGGGACAGUCGUGGCCGUGGGUCUGUUACAGUCCCAUGUUCCGGGAGGUUUCGCAAUCGUUCGAGUGCUUUUACUUCCGGAACUCAUACCCGCUCUUCGAUCGUCCCGAGAGGCGCAAAAGAAAAAGAAACGUCCGGUUUAUGCGGAGCGGCUCAAAAAUGAUUGGCUUCAGGGACGUGAACACCGGGCCGGCCUGAGCGUACUUCUGUUUUCGCAGCGAAAACGCUUCAACGGAACGGUGCAAAUCUUUGGUAGACGGUUUCCGAGGACACACCGGCAAACGGAGCGCUUGAAAAUUAAUCGCAAAACAAUGGUGCAGCUUAAUCUGUUCGGCCGAUCGGGAUGGAUCCAAACCGAGCACAAUGGUUUUCGUGAAGUCAUGAAGGUUGGAGAGAAAUAAAUCGAUCGCUAAAGAAGGCGUAAGAAAGUGAAAGCCCUCUGCAUGGUGAAGGAAAAUAGAAGAAACAAUUUUUAAGUUAAAUUGAGUUAAAAAAAGGGAAGGAAGUACAGCCUAUUGGGUUACCGGCGUUUGGGACUGUGAAGUGCUGGAAGAAUUGGAUCAAAUAUCGAAGGUCGUGAAUAUUCGAUGGAGUAUUCCAAGUUUUAAGCAAAAAAAAAAAGAAAACUUGAAACGGCACAAAAAGGAACUAACGAAACAGCAAACCGUGUUUACGGGCUUUAAAUGAAAUAAUCAGAAUAACACACAAACACACCGACAAGCUUUAACGAAGGACAUUGUUUGGGAGUUCUUACUGAGCAGCAAAUCUUCUUCCGUGGCAGCAUACCACAGCAGCCGAGGUUGUGAACGGAAAGGGCAUUCACGAUGAGGAUGCUGAUGAUGAUGAUGAUGAUGAGGAUGCUAAUGAUGCCCGGCACGAUAAAGAACCUUCGGUGGAAGUCUACUGCUUGAAACAGGCGCUCGCUGGGUGCGGAAGAAGUAUAAACAUAAAUAUCAUCUAAUUUGAAUUCCCUUAUAUCGUUCACCACCCGACCACUCAAACGCCAGUAGUACCGGGUCGGUAGCAAAAAAAAACAGGACGUUUAACAACGUCGGUAAAUCCGCACAGAGCGAGAAAGCGAUUGAAGGGAGCUAAAACACACAAAAAACAGGCCACAAUCUUUGUCCCUUCUGUGGGAAUCCUGCCGCAUACAACCGGUGCGCGAAUUAUACAGCCGGGAAAAAAAACUUCUCAAAACAAAUACGAUUGGACACUGGUUAGAUGAUCGCAAAUUCUGUGAGGCAUUCCCUUGCGAUAGCUUCCCACUUUUGUCCAACUUCGGCUGGUUCGGAUGACGCAUCGGGUUAGUAUCGGUUUGGCAUGUUUAUGUUUAUGUUACUAAACGACGAACCCAUCCCGUACGGACCGUGCCGAUCAACAAUGACCAAACAAUUAGCCAACGCCAGGUCAAACCAGAACCGGUCCGGUAGGACCUUCGCACGGUGGCUAAUGGUUUGGGUGCAGUUUUGCAGUGAUGCAACGUCCCGACAUCACCUUCUAAGCUGAGACUAAAACGGGGGCUUGAAGGUGUGAGUGUGUGUGGCGUGGUUUUUGGUGGUGGGAUUUAUUUGCGAACCAAUUGCCUAUGGUAGUCUCCCCAAUAUCCCCUGUGCCAGUCCAGACUUCGUGUGCAAUCGAGCGGAAGUGGCGCUAGAUUAACGAGCCACGUGUCUCGACGAACCGUGUUUGCUAGUUUGUGGUUUUGCACGGGAAACUCCAGGAACAAGAACUGAGCGAAAGGAGGGACGUUUAGCGCAGAACUAAACGCUAAACCACUUCAAGGUUUUCUGGAACGUCCGGACAACAGGAUAAAGACAGUGACAGGCCACACUGUGAAGCAAGAUGAAUCCACAAUCGCGCACCCAUCGGAAGCCACCGGACGUUGAGGAGGCACUGUCCUCGAUGCUUUGGACACCGUACGACAAUAACAUUUCCGAGUCGGAUUCUUCCGACGAGAUGGAGGUGCUGCAUCGGGUCAACAACAACUAUAGCUUCUUCGGAACUGGGGCAAACCAAGACCACCGACGCUAUCCUCACCGGCAACAGCAGCAGUCACUGAUGCGAAGAAGUCUUUCCGCGUGGAGCUACCGUAGCAGGACGGGCAAACCGAACCCGAUCGGUGAGUGUGAGGCAGGGAAUCGGUUUAGCUAUCCGUAUUACGAUCAGUCCGACCAUGGCUUCGGUACAUUCGGUGGCGGUUUAUCGAGCGCCUGGUAUGGGUAUGGGAGUACCAUCAAUACCAGCAACAACAACUACACCACCAACGGUAUGAACGGCAGUUCCUAUGGCUAUUCGGGUGUCCCGGUGACUAGCAGCAGAAGUUCCUACAGUUUUCAGCCCACCGUUGAGCAGGGCCGGACAGACGAACGUGGUGCACCCUGGCAAACGUUGACGGCAACGACGGACCGUAGCAUUGAAAAGCGACCCUAUCUGCAGCAACUUCAGACACCGUUCGUCGGUCGCUGGCAGUCGGGUGUUGGGGCAUCGCAGCUGGAGACAUCUUCGCUACCGUACAGUUUGCUCGCAUUGGACAGUCUCGGUGUUACCGGUACUGGGGCCACCAGCACGGGCGUUGGUCGAGAAGUUGACGGGUUUGCUGACAGCUACCGGGACGAUUAUCAGGUUUAUUCCGGUACGGGGAAUGGCGAGAACAUGGCCUCGGGCUGCUUGUCGAAGGGCAGCACGGACGGCAGCAACAUAAACAGCAUUAACAACAACAUCGAUGGUACCUGCAAUAACAAUAACAACGACAGUUUGUGCAUAAUUUCCGCAAUGCUGCGACCGGCUAGUGGUAACGAGGGAGACCUACAUUUCCCGAGCGCCCACCAACACUGGCAAGGGCAUGGGCAGGGGCGCACCGUCCCAGCAACCCCACCCACCCCGGGGCAACAUAAUUCCAGCAUAACGGCGGCGUUGCUGCUACCUACGAUGCUGCCGUACGAUGCUCGGCCUGGUAGUGUUGGUACGGCCGAUGCUCGGAUCACACGCACACCAGCAACGGCAGCAGUAGGGGAAGGUUUCACGAUGCUCGGUUCAGCGGUGGCGUGCGCCGACAGCACGUUUAAUUGUGUGCGGCAAGCGAACGCAGCAACAUCGACGUUGGUGCGUCGUGCGGACGGUGCGCAAGCGGAUCGUGUUCGCAGCACAGACACGGUACAGCGUAGUGAGUCUGAUCAACGUGUCGAUCAGCAAACAACGGUGGUGCAUAAUAGUUCAACCAGCACGAGCGGUGUCAGCCCCGAGCGUGUGGUGGCGAUGCGGUUAAACGUACCGGCGGCCGGAUUGGCCGAGGGUGGCAGCCGGACCAGUGUGUACAUUCCGUCGACGGUGGUAACGCCACCGGCCGAGGGCGGCGGCGUAGGGGCGUUACUGCCCGCGCUGUCGAUCCAGGUCAAUCGGCUGGAUCCAAACAAUCAGCAGCAGAAUGAUGUCGUUAACAAUGCGGCGUCCGGCGUAAGCAUAGUGAGCUGCUACCGUGCAGCCAAGCCGAUCGCGAGUGUGGCCAGUGGUGCGAGUGGUCCCGCACAAGCGGCAGAUAGUGUGUCCGAGGGGUGUAAAGGGUCUAAGUGCAUUGUGGAACGUGAUGAGCGUGGUGAGGAUCAGCGCACGGAAGCGACUGAUCGUGGUGAUGUCAAUGCGUGUGAUGCAAAUGUUAGCUCAUCGGAGCAAAUGGUUCAAGUUUCUAGUGUUGUGGAGCGGCUAAAUGUCGAUCGUGGGGUGGGUGAGAAUGGGGUGGGUGCGGUGUGUGGUGGGUCAACGGGUAGUGCGGUCAGUGCUCCGUCCCGCACCUAUACGUCAACCGAGGCCCAAACGGAUGAUUCGAUCCAGCAGCCUCAACAACAGCACCAGCAACAACAACUUCUCCUGCAGCAUCCAACCGGAUUGAUUGGAACGGCGGCAUUCAUCGGCAGUGCGUCGGCCGCCGGACCGCCGGAACCGAUCGUGGCGACAAUGCUUGGACCGGGGUCGGAAUUUAGCACGCGGGAACAUCGGCGGCGGGAGCGGCGCGAACGGCGGCAGGCGCGGAACCGCCUCCAGCACAUUCACCCGCUCGAACCACCGCCCCCGCUGCACCGAUCGCCACCGCCGAUCGAGAUCAUACCCGACAUUCUGCAUAGCCAUCUGCCACCGCCCUACACCACCCUGCCGAUGGGUGCGUCCCUCAUCCCGCAGAUGAUCCCGGCAAAUGCGGUCGCAGCUGCUGCUGCUGCCGCCGCCGCCAUACCGGUCCGGGCUGCCGAUGAUUGCCGCUACACGUUUCCGAUACCGAUCAUGCGAAGUUCACCAUCGGAACGAUCGCGUAAAGGAUGCUGUGGCCAUUGGUUCGCAGGACCACCGCUACGGGCGCUCAUAGCUGUGGUGGCCCUCGGUGGUGUUGCCUGUGCCUUGGGCGGUGCCGCACUCGGUGCGACGGGUUUGGCCGGUUCACCAACUUCCCAUCUUACUGCUGCCUUAUUAAUGAUAGGUGUUGGAGUGAUUCUAGUGACAGUGAGUGGAGCGGCAUGGCGCAUGACUGCACCGGGUGCACCACCAUGCCUGGGGCUUGGUUCUACCGUCGAUCUGGGCCGCUGCUCGCGGAGACCUUGCGGACGAGGUGGAAGUACACCCCACGGGCUUCUUUAUCCGGAGUUCCAGCAUAGGCCACCGCCACCAUCAUACCAGGCCAGCAUGCAGGAAUACAGAUUAAGAUUGCUGCUUCUGGACCGGGACCGACAGUCGGGAAGGAUGCGAAGUACGGCAUCACCGCCACCGACCUAUCGAUCCAACGUGGGAAGCCUUUUAAGAAUACCACUCAGCUCGCGCUAUAAUAACGGCAGCAGCAACAGCAUAUUCGGUGGCAUUAGUGGCAUAAUCAGUGGUGCCGUCGGCGGUGGUUCGAGCAACAGUGUGAACAAUGUGCCACCACCACCACCGGGCCAUACAGAGCUGCAAGUGAACAGCUCACCGAACCCGUACGGUUCCGAUGGCCAUAGUACGCUAUCGCCGAGCUACCGUUCGGUAAAUCUCCAUCCUUCGCCAACGGUUACCGAUUCAAUUCAGCGGCCAUCACAACAGCAGCAAACGGGCGUAACGCCAGGAGCAACUGCACCGUCGAACACUGCCAAUGCACCGGCAGGACACGGACGGGACAGCGGCCGUGGUACGGUGGAGGAUGCGAACCUAAUAAGUGACGAUAAUACGCACCGUACGAACGCGACCGGUGUGAAUCAUCAUGCACCGUCCAUAAUUAAAAUCGACGAUCGAUGCACGGCUGUUCCCGGUACGGCGGUGGACGAGCAGGUUGGUUCGCGACAACGAAAUUCAAUUCCCAACGUGUCUCUAAUUGAUGCCGGCAGUAGCGAGGAGCAAAAGUGUAGCGUCGAAUCGAGUGUCGGCGUUGCCGGUAGCAACAGUACGGGCAGCAGCAUAAACAGUAGCAGUAGUAGCGGUAGUAGUAGGCUUUGCCCGGCUGGAACAGGCGUUCCCACCACAAACGGCAGCGGUACGAAGGAUCUGGUUACGAUUGUUACCAUAUCCGGUACGAUCGAACCCUCCGCAACGGGGGCUAACCGGUCGGUUUACACUAGCAGCAGUAGUAGCAGCAGCAGCACCAGCAGUAACCAGCCUGGAGCCGGUGGAGCCACAUGUACAUUAUUAAAUACGAACUCGACGCCACUGCUGGCCACGGUUAUACCGGUCAGCAAAUGUGCAACCACCACAACGCCGUCAUCUCCAUCCACGGGCAGCACUGGGCCACUAUAGAAGAAAAUAAGGGGACUUUGUUUUUUUGUUUGGUUUAGUAUAUCCACAGUUACCGGAAGUACGGCACCGAUAGGAGUGUAGUUUCACGUACCCGAAACCUGAUAAGCCAUGAAAAUCUAGUUGUUUUUUUUUCUUCCUUUCUCCUGAAGAGGAAGUUAGUACUUCGGUCUGUGUGGGUCGUCCAACCGCCACAGUUGCAAAACAGUGCAGCGUCGGUACAUAACUCUAACCUACUCUAAGGUCACCACUGUUGACUUCCUGCUAUGGUUGGGUUGUGCAAACCUCCCCCUCCAAAAACAAAAAACAAUAUCUGGGACACUUGUGGUCCAACGAGCAAACUAGCGAACCGGUCCGUACCAUGAUGUUGAAAACUUUUCAUUUCCACCAUUUUUCCUCCUUUCCGGCGUGGAACCAUUUCACCGUGGAAAGCCUUUAUUUUGGUCCCCAAAAAGGCCGUAAUGGAUGUGUGGCAGAAAGAUUAGAGCAGAGAUCUGGACUCUGGUCCAGAUUUUUGUGGUGUAGUAGUGCUUGAAUCAUUAAACAUGUAACAUUGGGAUUUCUGUAGAACUGUAUAGACGUGUAUAAAAGCCUACGGAUAAGCAGCAGCAGCAGCACCACACACACAAAAAAAGGGUCAGUUGAGGCUACUCAACUACCGCGUAAGGAUCUUUCUCACUCUCUCUCUUUUUGGCGCACAAACACACACGCGAACGGAUGUCCUUGAAUGUGGGUCAUACAGAUUCAUUUUUUUUUGCUCAUCCCAACGAAACGUCUAACGAAACGUCUAACAGACCGGAUGCUCCAGGGUGCGAGAUUGUGUCGGUUAAUCCGGCAUCGAAAUGGCACCCGAAAAUCCUUGGAAGAGAAUGACGCCCGGAAAGAAAUAUUGGAAACUUCCGGCCCACAUACGCAAACGCCCAUUGCCGGCACACAUACACAUGCAACUCCCAAAUCCUUACAGUCGGGAUCGGGGAUUCCGGUCACAAACUAAUGUGACCAACUCACCCGAAAUCUCUCUCCUUCCGAAAAUCGCAGAACGGCACAGACGGAGGGGUUAAAUAGAUUAAUUUUUAAUUUAAUAUGUGCCUGAAUUAUGAAACAAAAAACCCCCCCAACCUCAUGUCCUCGUUUUGCGAUUUUGCUGGAGUAGUCAUGCCCAUGUUUGACACUAUGAUGGACGAAAAAGGUGGCCAAUUUUUCCCCGCGAGGGUCAGGAAAAUGAAAAAGGGGAGGAAAAAAACAAUCUCCGCGAGUUUUACGGUUUUGUCCAUUUCGGUUUUGUGCAUCCUUUUUUAUCCUCAUCCAUCUUCGGCCGCCCGUGUGGUCAGUGGUUUAGGGAUGGGCGCCGAAUCCGAAUUUCGAACGUUUAUUUUUAUGGUUUUCGAUAUUAUAAUUUUCCUGUCGUCUGGUGUUUCGUUUUAUGCUCUUGUCUCUGUGUGCAUGUUCGAUGCAGGAAAAAAACAGAACACACACAAAUAAAACCACUUAAAAUGGUCACGCCGAGAUUGACUUUUUUGUUCGAAAAAGGAAAGGUUUAUGCUUUUUAUGCUUUUUUAUGCCUCACGGACCGAACCGUUGCUGUGUUUGCUGCGCGUGUGUACGUGUCCGCUUUGCUGUAUUUUAUUCUAUCUCGUUAGCGUUAUCGUAUAUUAUUCGCGCCGUUUGGUGCCUUUUUAUCAACAUAUUUUACCACAGAGUCGAGGUACAGGAUGAGUAACGGGGUCAUCACACAAGCGGGGAUCGUUACAAGAGAAGAGCGUUUGUGGUGUGAAGAUAGAAAUUUGCAACGAACGCCGGUAGCUUGCUGGUUAACUGCUUUGUGCACAGGAUAGGCAGAUGAAUAUAGAAUUGUUUUAUUGUUAGUAAUUUAAUGCAAAACCCUAGGCAGGAAAAUAGAACGAAAAAAAUAAAGAAUCAAACCAGCAGUGAUGAAAUGAACACAAAAAACAAGUAAGAAAUAAGUGACGCAACGCAACGUCAAGGAUGUAAUGGACGGCGUGACUUAUAUCCUAUCAUCAGAUUUACCACACACAAAAAAGAAAAUGGCAGCGAGAAGCGAGAAAGGAUUAUAUUAUAAAGGAGCAAGCGAUUACAGAUUACUAAGCUGUGUGUGUGUGAGUGUGUAUUGAACAUGUUUCUAGAUUGGUGCGACUGUGUAAAGCGUGCAAGCAAAGGAUAAGGCCGGUGAAUGUUAACUCAUCAUAUUUUCAUUUUAUAUGUAACCAAAGAGCAUGAAAGAAAAUAAAGAGCGAUAAAUUCUAAAACAUAA